AUGGUCGUAUCCUGCUCGAGGUGGCGCACAAAGAGCUGCGUCUCGCAUGCCCGAAUGCCGCAUGGCAGCAGCAGGGGAAGCGGCGAGUUCCGCGUCUGGUGCUGCUGAUACGGCGAAGGUGCGCAACCCUCCCCGAUGUUUUCCUGAUGUUUCCCGUUUUCCCUCAAGCAUCAUCAGCACUUCAAGUAAAAUGCGUUUCGACUUGACAUUUAUAUAAUUUGAGACGACACACGCGUUGCCGCCCAUGGAAGAAUUGCCAACAAAAAAUCUUAUUUUCGGACGUUACUAAUCCUGGAAUCACAUCCCGAGGCAGUAUUUCCGCGAGGGACUUUUUGUUAUUCUGCUAACUCUCGCUGUAGUGCUGACCCCAAAUCGUGCACAUCAUCUAUGCGUUGCUCACAUGUAAAGACGCACACAUACCAAUUUUUGUCAGGUUUGGUUGUUAAGGUUAGGUACCAGGCCAAAGGCGUCGUAGGUCCGUUGCUUGCUUCCAUGGCUUGGAUUGCGAUGACAUUUUUGGCAGUAGGCUCAUGAUCGUUCUGGAAGCCUCUCUUCCGACUACGGGAGUCUCUCUGCCGAAUUUGAGCCGACUUUCGCAGCACCACUGCGAUCGCCGUAGUGGAGAUCCCUAAUCGUGCACAUCAUUCAUUCGUUCUGCAUGCUGUUUUAUCACUAUCAUGGCCAAGUGUCGACCGAAUUGGGAGACCGUAGUGCCCAGGCCUUCGCAGGUGAAAGUUGGCUCACAAGAGCUGAAAAGUUUGCGCGCAGCAGCAGAGACCUGGUUAAACUCAGAUCUGAUCGUGAGACAUUUCUCGCGUCCAAAGCAAGAUCAAAGGGUAAAAACAGGUACUGGUGGA